UUUCCCUCAGCCUUCCUAUAUUUUCCGGGGUGAUUAUUUUUCUCUUUUACAAACUGCUCUAUAAAACCACCCUCUCUUCUCGCGCAGCACAAAGCGUUAGACCCUGCAAGCGACCAGGGCAUCCUCCCAGAGGCCAGGGACAGGGGCUCAGGUGCAGGGAGAAGGCUGCGGGAGUACAUUUCUUGGAGACUUAGGGCUGCUUUUCUUUGGCUGAGCUCACCAGGCACUGAACUCUGAGCAGCGAGGACUGAAGCUUUGACACCUUCGCGACUCAGGCUUUGCCAGGAGCGUGUCUCAGUGAAGUGGAUCCAGCUACUGCCACCUCCCAAGUGGGCUUCAGAGCGCCCAGAUCUCCCUUCCUUGAGCAUCUCCAGCCUCGGGCUCUUCUUCCCUUUUGGCGGUCACCACCCGGUCCCAGUGCUCAUAUAGAGAGGAUUUUCAGCACCCACGGGCGUCCCACGUCCACCUCUUCGCCCAGUCGGUGGUUUUCCCCACACAGUCAGGUUCUCCGCACCUGACCGCGGUUGAGCCGCACGGUUUUGUGGCGCGCUUUCGGUGCUGGUGUGUGCUUGGCAGGGCGCGCGGUCCACCGAGACGCUUUGGGCUCACGGCUGCCUGCGGAGAGCACAUCCAGCCGCCUCCCUUGUCCCCUGUCGCCGCUGGCCUCCCGAUCUGCUGACCAGGCUACCCCUGCUUGAGCUGCAGCCCCCUUGGUCCUCCGUACACAAAGCAUGUCAGGCUCUGGGAGAAAAGAUUUCGAUGUGAAGCACAUCCUGCGACUUCGCUGGAAACUCUUCAGCCAUCCCUCGCCGUCCCAGGGCAGCCCAGCGGGGGGCAGCUGCCUGCAACCUGACGUUGGCAGCGGAGGCUUUGAGCACUGGGGACCCAGCCAGAGUCGCCUGCUCAAAAACCAGGAGAGGGGCAGUGUGAGCACUUUCUGGAAGAAACCAUCCUCUUCCUCCUCUUCCUCCUCCUCCUCUUCGUCGUCGUCCACGUCUUCUUCGUCCUCUUCCUUCAAUCCUCUGAAUGGCACCUUGUUACCAAUUGCCACGAGGCUGCAGCAAGGGGCUCCAGGACAGGGCGCCCAGCAGCCUGCUCGGACUCUCUUCUAUGUGGAGUCCCUAGAGGAGGAGGUGGUGUCCGGCAUGGACUUUCCUGGGCCACACGACAAAGGGCUGGUCCUACAGGAGCUCCACGUGGAGCCAGCCAGCUCCAUCCAGGCAACAGGUGAAGGAUGUGGACACAGGUUGACGGCCUCCAACCAUUCACUGACACCUCAAAGUGAUUUGGAUUCCAGUAGCUCUGAAGAAUUCUAUCAAGCAGUUCAUCAUGCUGAGCAAACCUUCAGGAAAAUGGAGAGUUACCUGAAGCAACAGCAACUCUGUGAUGUCAUCCUGAUUGUGGGGAACCGGAAGAUUCCUGCACAUAGGCUUGUUCUGAGUUCUGUCUCUGACUAUUUUGCUGCCAUGUUUACAAGUGAUGUUUGUGAGGCCAAGCAAGAGGAGAUCAAAAUGGAAGGCAUAGACCCCAAUGCCCUCUGGGACCUUGUUCAAUUUGCGUACACAGGUUGCUUGGAAUUAAAAGAGGACACCAUUGAAAAUCUUCUUGCAGCAGCCUGCCUUCUUCAGCUCCCCCAGGUGGUAGAAGUAUGUUGCCACUUCCUCAUGAAGCUUCUACAUCCAUCUAACUGUCUAGGAAUCCGGGCAUUCGCUGAUGCUCAGGGAUGUAUUGAAUUAAUGAAGGUGGCCCACAGCUACACAAUGGAAAACAUAAUGGAAGUUAUCAGAAAUCAAGAGUUUUUACUCCUUCCAGCUGAGGAGCUCCAUAAACUACUGGCCAGUGAUGAUGUAAAUGUGCCUGAUGAGGAGACCAUCUUCCACGCAUUGAUGAUGUGGGUCAAGUAUGACACACAAACGAGAUGCAACGACCUCAGCAUGCUCCUUGCCUUCAUAAGGCUGCCACUGCUCCCACCACAAAUUUUGGCUGACCUAGAAAACCAUUCACUGUUUAAGAAUGAUCUGGAAUGUCAGAAGCUGAUUUUAGAAGCCAUGAAAUAUCAUCUACUGCCAGAAAGAAGAACUUUGAUGCAAAGCCCAAGAACUAAGCCCAGAAAAUCCACCGUUGGAACCCUGUAUGCAGUGGGAGGGAUGGACAAUAGCAAAGGAGCAACCACCAUAGAGAAAUAUGACCUCAGAACAAACUUGUGGAUCCAGGCAGGAGUGAUGAACGGCAGGAGGCUGCAGUUUGGUGUGGCAGUUAUUGAUGACAAACUGUUUGUAAUUGGAGGUCGAGAUGGCUUAAAGACACUGAACACUGUUGAAUGCUACAACCCCAAAACCAAGACCUGGACUGUCCUACCACCCAUGUCAACACACCGGCAUGGUCUAGGAGUCACAGUGCUUGAAGGCCCAAUAUAUGCGGUGGGAGGCCAUGAUGGAUGGAGCUACCUGAACACAGUGGAGAGAUGGGAUCCCCAGAGCCAGCAGUGGACGUUUGUAGCCAGCAUGUCCAUUGCUCGGAGCACAGUUGGAGUAGCAGCACUCAACGGCAAGUUGUAUUCAGUUGGAGGUCGUGAUGGGAGUUCCUGCUUGAGUUCCAUGGAGUACUAUGAUCCUCACACAAAUAAGUGGAGCAUGUGUGCACCAAUGUGCAAGAGAAGAGGAGGAGUGGGUGUGGCCACCUGUGAUGGCUUCCUUUAUGCAGUGGGUGGUCAUGAUGCUCCUGCUUCAAAUCACUGUUCCCGCCUUCUUGACUAUGUAGAAAGGUAUGAUCCUAAAACAGACACAUGGACCAUGGUAGCUCCUUUGAGUAUGCCCAGAGAUGCUGUUGGGGUUUGUCUCCUUGGUGACAGGUUAUAUGCUGUUGGAGGUUAUGAUGGGCAAACUUAUCUCAACACCAUGGAAUCUUAUGACCCACAAACUAAUGAGUGGACACAGAUGGCGGCCUUGAACAUUGGGAGAGCAGGUGCCUGUGUUGUGGUAAUCAAGCAGCCUUGACCAAGUCAUAAUAUAUCUGGAAGGAUUUUAUUUGCUAAAGGGUUCUUUGAUAUCAUGUACCAAGAAUGAGAUCUUCCUGCAAUGAAAACUCUUCAUGAACAAAGAUUUCUGUAAUUUCCCUGCUGGUGUGUAAGCCAGUAGAAGAUCAUACAGAGUGACGGUAAAGAACCAAGCAGCAAACAGGUCCAGACGCACUCUGGCGAUAUGUUAGUCCUGGAAUGGUUGUUGGUAAUUGGUUUUGUAUUGUAGCAUACAAUAACUAGAAUUACCAAAGGCUGGUUUACCUUAGCAAUUGUAAGAAGAGACCAAUAUUUGUGACACGGAUGAUUUCUUAGCUGCAGAUCAUUCAUUUGUUUUAUAAUCUGUGAUGAUGUACAACAGGCUGCCAAGAGUAGAAGAUGUAUUUAAUCUCACAAAAUCUGAUUGGUUUGCUGUUUUCCUAAUCAGAUCAAUUGGUCAGCUGGAAGCAGAAUUGUUUGUUUAAACAAGCAUGCUUCUUCCUCAUUUUCCUGAGCUAUGAGAACAAUUAGAGAACAAGAUUCAUGUGUGUCUCUUGCAUUCAGAAAACAAACUGCCCUGCUAAUCAAAGCUGCAUAUUUUAUCAGAGAUGACAGUUGGAUUUUAUGGCAACCAUAUCAGCAAUCUGAAACUGGCAAACACAGAGGAAUGUUUUCUUUAGGCAUGCCUCACUGCUUUGCAUUUUCAACACACUGAGCCAGAGGGUCAGGACAACAAUGGGCUUUGCCUCAUGUUGAGUUCAGUGUAAGCAUGGAAGCUAGUUAUUCCGAAUGUUCAUGUAUACCCAGUGCAUGCUGAAGUCCUUCAGGGUUUUGUUCUUGAAAAAAAUCUUAGAUUUCUGAGACAUAAACCCAUGUUCCAUCAAAUUGGAAUGGUUCUGAUGAUUGCUGUAAGGAUGGCACACAUCCCACUGUUCACACAUCUUAUAUUGAUGUAUACAUCAUUUAAAAUCAAAUGUUCACAAAUAUUUAAAGCAUAAAGUAGAAGCAUUGCAUAAUGUCCUUACUAGUUAAAUGUCCAUGUAAAUAUUAAGUAUGAUUAAUAAAAGAUAAAACAUUUGCUUUUA